AUGGCAGAUGAGGUGCCGCUGCUUGUCGUUGGAUGUGUCCUGAAGCAGGGCCAACGCGGCAAGCCAGCAGAACCGUUGCACCUUUACGACAGCGACGGCGCUUUGCGCACAUCUCUCGUGUGUUUCUGGUUCAGCAAGGACAAGAGCGCGUGUCAACUGCGCUUCUUGCAGUCCGCUCGCACUGGCGCUCACCUUCGGCUUGAGAACGAUGUGCUGAGCGCGCGCAGUGACGCGGCCAAGCUGCCGAUCCAGCUACUGCAGUCUGGAAGCUAUGUGUUGCCAGGAUCGCCCGACAUGAUCAUCCACCCGACCGCCGCGCUCAACGAGUCACUUCACCACGUGUGGAACAACGUGCGCUCCCUCACCUCGGCACGUCACAAGCUCCUGGGCACGUCACCAGAAGAUAUCAGCGAGGGCGGCGACUCGCUUCUGUUCAAGAUGCUGCCGACUCCAAGUCAAGUGGCCGACGUGUAUUGUCGUCUGUGCGAUCAGCUCCUUGGAACAAGGAGAAGGCAGCCACAGCCCAUCUUUCGAGAUGCACGUCAGCGGGCGAUGUUCCUUGAUGAGAUGCGCACACUCUAUGAGGAGGCCAAGGGGCUCGUGGAGCACCAGCUCAAGCGGGUUGCAUGUGCUUGUGGGGUGGAACCCGACAGCGUGGCAGCACGAACACAUGUGCAGAGGACCUUUCCCGAGUGUUUCGGUCCUGCCGUUCGGACGCGGCUGCCUGGCGAGGACGCUGCUCGAGUCUCGGCCAGGGUCAAGAUGAAGCGAGACUUCUUGAUGACCUUUGUGGCCUGUCGACUCACAGACCCGCCCCUAGACCUCGACGAAAUGGAACGCAAGGCACACCGAGGCACCCGCACUCGCCGAAUCCCAUGGAGGAGUCACGGGACACACGAGAUUGUUGCCCCAAGGCUCGUGUCGCACUUGCCAGCCGAAGGGAAGGUGGAGAUGGCCGGCCCCUUGCAUGUGUGGGUCCCUCGCCACCCAAAGCAUGACGAAGUGUAG